CGCCGGGAAGAAUCGGGGCGCGGCCAGCUGACGGAAGCCGCGGCAGCCAUCUUGGACGUAAAGGCAGCUGAAUUGAAACGAUUGGAUGUGCUCCUCCGCAGCGCCACCUGCUGGCCAGCAUGGAGCCCGCGGUUGUGCAUGGCGAGAACGAGGCACUGCAGCAGUUCUUCAGUGGUCAGGACGUGAGCCAGGUUCUGGACAGUUCCGCUGCCGUGGAUACCAGCAUCCUGGAGCAGUACCUCGGCAGCGACUUCGACGCUUUCGCGCUUCCCGAGUCUCCUCCAGACUCAGACGUCUGCUCGCCCGAGCAGAUCCCAGAUUUCCAAAAGGAGCUUUCCUAUUGGUCCAACCGGCCCGCAGCCCCACCGACGCGCCUCACCGAGCCGACCGCGCGGAUUCCCCAUCGUGGCCGUUCCGGAGCUUCGUCGCCAUCCGACGGGUACGCCGUCGCCUGGAUGCCUUCGGGCCCGCCCCCCCCGCCCAUCUGCCUGCCGGACUCCGCCUCCUCCUUGCACUCCCGCUCCCCUGACAGAAGCAAAAGGAAACGAAACGAGUCCCAGGACUCGUCGUCAAGACCGGAUCAACUUGCGCUUGGGGGCGACGCCGACGGCACUCGAGCGGGACCCGUUCCCAGUGGCUCCUUGACGUGGGAGAGCUUCCGCCCGGCGGACUGGAAUGCCAUGCUGGACGCUAACUUGCGCACAAUGUGCCGGCCCGUGUUGGUGGUGGACACGGACAAAGGUUUCAACUUCUCGCCGGCCGACGAUGCCGUCGUGUGCCAGAAGAAGAACCAUUUCCAGGUAACGGUUCACGUGGGCGUGGCCGCGGAGCCCGCGUACGUGACAACGCCGCACGGCAUGCGUCGGCCGGACCGCCUCGACAUCAAUGUGUUUGGCAUCAAGAUGGAAUCUCCCGAGCAGCGCGUGACCAUGGAGCAGUCUCAGGCCGACCGCACCAAGAAGCCUCUGCGGCCUGUCAGGGUCGGCGUAGCAAACGGCGGGAUGAGCAAAGUGACGCUGGGACGCCUCCACUUCAGCGAGACCACCGCCAACAACAUGAGGAAGCGGGGACGGCCCAACCCCGACCAGAGAUAUUUCCAGAUGGUGGUCGGAUUGUACGCCAGGGAGGGAGACGAAGACGAGUCUCCGUCCUACCUCUUGGCCGCCCUCGUGUCCGAGAGACUCAUCGUCAGGGCUUCCAACCCAGGCCAGUUUGAGAUGGACAGCGAUCCCCUGUGGCAGCGCGGAGCAGCGCAGGACGCAGUGGCGUGUCACGGCCGGGUGGGCAUCAACACGGACGCCCCCGACGAGGCGCUGGUGGUGUGCGGCAACGCCGCCGUCAUGGGCCGCCUCAUGCGGCCCUCCGACCAGCGCGCCAAGCACAACAUCCGGGAGGUGGACCCUGAGGAGCAGCUGAGGAGGAUCAGACAAAUGCGAUUGGUGGAAUUCGACUACAAACCCGAGUUUGCCUCCAGGAUGGGCAUCGAACACACGCACUGCACAGGUGUGCUGGCUCAGCAAGUCAAGGAGCUCCUCCCUUCGGCCGUCAAGGAGGUCGGAAGGGUCAGGUGUCAUGACGGCCACGAGAUCGACAACUUCCUGUUGGUGGACAAGGUACGCCUCGAAUUGUGGAGUUGAGCAAGUCUGGUUCAUCCUUGGUGUCCGCCGCUUUUCCUGGCGCAGGAGCAGAUCUUCAUGGAGAACGUGGGCGCCUCGCAGCAGCUCUCCAAGAUGACCGACAGCCUGGAGACUCGCGUGAGCGAGUUGGAGAUGUGGAAGCGACGCCUCGCCAAGCUCAAGAGCCUGACGGGAAGUCUGCGCUCCAUGGGGACGUCGAGGAAAGCGAGCGUCGCGUCGGCGGCGUCGCAGAGUGUCCACGCGAGCCCCAGAGCCUCCGAGGCGGACGGCGACGGUUGCGUGUCGCAGAGAAUGUUCCGGGCAUGCGUCCUCACGCUGUGCCUCGCCGUUGCCGUCUGCAUCGUCACCAUCGGUGCGGUCUACCUGCUCCGCUUAACGCAGCGCAACGUGGACUCGUCGUCUGGCGUCAGUAACAGCAGCGUGCUUCCUGCGCAGACGACCGCAAGCAGCAGCUCAGCGCCGCCCGUCGCCCCCCCGGGGCCCUGGCCCCCCGACGUGCACUUCUGCCACCUGCUGUACUGCGACACAGUGUACUGCUGCCCGCCGGCACCGGCGGGCGGCCGCGACGACGACGCCGCCGACUGGUCGCGAGUGAGCCGCGGAGCAGAGAAAAACACAGACGACUUCCUUCAGAAGCUCCAAAGCUCCACAGAUUGGACAAACACGUCCGUCGAGUCCUUCCUGAUCAAAGAGAACCAGCAGGUGAUCGACAGCCGCUACUGCGUGCGAGACGAGUGCGGACCGGACCGGUUCGUCUUCCAAGUCCCCGUCAGUCCGUUCGUCCCGGUCAACAUGCGAGUGACGCUCCUCAUGAAUUCCACCGAGCCGCUGGUGGUGCACCUGUGCGCCUCUCGCGAGUCGUCCACGUGCGCCGCCCUGCGCGACAGAAACCUGCCCAGCGCCAGUCGAUAUCCGUCAAACACGCAGGGGCGGCACGAGUGGCCGCUGCACGUGGCUCGCCUCUACCACGGCUCGUACCACUUUCGCUCCACGGUGGCCGGCCAAGCGGAUUGCAGUACCGACCAUCACUUCGGGGGGGCGCUGUUCACAGACUACCACUUCUACUUCUACCGCCGCUGCAGCGACUGACGCCACUUAUUGUGUGCAUGCUGAAAGCAUUCACACACACACAUUAUUCUGCCUUCAUUUGAAAAAUUCACGCCUCACGUGGCAAUACUCAUCGAAGCCACAACAUUUUCACAUUAGCCGCAAGUCCAUUUUUUUGCGCCCAAAAAUGCCCCUUCAUUUCCAAUGGCACAUUCAACAAAACACAUUCGUUGUUCCCAUUCGAAAUUCACAUUGUUCAGCUCAUUCUAUUCACGUUGGGGUCGAUUUUCAACAUUCCAAAUGUUUCCACCGUUUUCAGCAAUAAAGAGGAUUCUGAU